UCCUGACGGGAGGGUGGUAGGGAGCUUUCGGGUGUUGUCAUGGAGGACGCCGAGAGGCUGGGGCAGGCGGAGGAGGUCCCCGAAAACCAAAGAGUUCAGCCGGCGACAGGUCGGGGAGGAGCCCUGGUGGAGCGCACCGCGACCCCCGGCGGCCUGGCCCUGGUGAGCCCCUACCACACCCACCGGGUCGGGGACCCCUUAGACCUCGUGGCGCUCGCAGAGCAGGUGCAGAAGGCUGAUGAAUUCAUCCGAGCAAAUGCCACCAACAAACUGACGGUCAUAGCUGAACAAAUCCAACAUUUACAAGAACAAGCCAGGAAGAUACUGGAAGACGCUCACAGAGAUGCUGACUUACAUCAUGUAGCUUGCAAUAUAGUAAAAAAACCUGGCAACAUUUACUACCUUUAUAAACGGGACAGUGGUCAGCAGUAUUUUUCUAUUAUUUCUCCAAAGGAAUGGGGGACGGGUUGUCCACAUGACUUCCUUGGUGCCUACAAGCUACAGCAUGACUUGUCCUGGACUCCGUAUGAGGACAUUGAGAAACACGAUGCCAAAAUCAACACAGUGAACAAGUUGCUAAGCCAGUCAGCAGCUCUGCCUCCAAGCACUGAACCCACCUUCGGGACUGACUGAGAGUGGACACUCAUAAACAGCUCUCACAGCAAGGUCCUGUCACCUCCUUGUUGCCCUCACUCUCCGCCUUGAUGGGAGGUGGCAUGCGAAUUAAGGUGUUGCGGGUGAAUCAUGAACUUGUCGAGUAGAGACCCUGUGUGGGGCGCCUGGGGGCUCAGUUGGUUAAGUAAAGUGUCUGCCUUCGGCUCAGGUCAUGGGGUCCUGGGCUCGAGCAGGGCGUCUGCUUCUCCCUCUGCCGUUCCCCCUCUCACGUGUGCACUCACUCAGUCUUGCACACGCACUCUUUCUCUCACCUCUCCUCUCUCAAAUAAAAUUUAAAAAAGAAAA